UACAAUUUAAGAAUGCAUCCCCAUGGCCAUGAGAGUUGAACAGUUUAUAUCCAUCAAGAUCCAGUAAUCCAUUGGGUCAGCUUGUGAGUCACAAGUCUCCCUAUGUCUCUCACUCACUUGAGAAAGUGAAACCUAUACAAAAAAGAUUGAUAACAACACAAUCAAGCUCUCAGAGUGUACUCCAAUGGCUUCCACUACCACAUCUACAGUCUUUCUUUCUCUAACCUUCUCAAUCUUCAUUCUCUGUUCUGCUUCUUCUGAACCAGACAUCCUUCUCACAUUCAAGGCAUCCAUUGAAGACCCCAUGAACUAUCUUUCAAGCUGGUCUAACACUUCAGAUACCCAUCACUGUAACUGGACUGGAGUCACUUGCACAACCUCACUUCCUCUCUCUGUCUCUAUCCUCAAUCUCCAAAACCUAAACCUCUCCGGUGAAAUCUCAUCAUCUCUCUGUCAACUCCCCAAUCUCACCCAUCUCAACCUUGCUGACAACCUCUUCAACCAAACCAUUCCUCUCCAUCUUUCACAGUGUAGUUCUCUGGAGAAUCUGAAUCUCAGUAACAACCUCAUUUGGGGUCCAAUCCCAGAUCAGAUUUCUCAGUUUGGCUCACUGACUGUUCUUGAUUUCAGUAGAAACCAUGUUGAAGGAAAGAUCCCAGAAAGCAUUGGAUCUUUGAAGAAUCUCCAAGUUCUCAACUUGGGUAGCAACUUGCUAUCAAGUAGUCUUCCUCUUGUUUUUGGUAAUUUCACUGAGCUUGUAGUGCUUGAUUUAUCUCAAAAUUCAUUCUUGGUCAGUGAGAUUCCCACUGAUAUUGGGAAGCUUGGUACACUUCAGCAUCUUUUGUUGCAAAGCUCUGGUUUUUAUGGUUCAAUCCCUGAAUCCUUUGUGGGUUUGCUUGGUUUGACCAUUUUAGACCUUUCCCAGAACAAUCUAACUGGUGGGUUACCUCAGACACUCGGGUCAUCUCUUACAAACUUGGUGUCUUUUGAUGUUUCACAGAACAAGCUUUCUGGAUUAUUCCCAGAUGGCAUUUGCAAUGCUAAGGGCCUCAUAAACCUUGUUCUCCAUACAAAUUUGUUCAAUGGAUCAAUACCCAACAACUCUAUCAAUGAAUGCUUGAAUCUUGAGAGGUUUCAGGUUCAGAACAAUGUGUUCUCUGGGGAUUUCCCAAAUGGGUUAUGGUCAUUGCCCAAGAUUAAGCUCAUCAGAGCUGAAAACAAUGGUUUCUCCGGCGAAAUACCUGACUCCAUUUCCAUGGCUGCUCAAUUGGAGCAAGUUCAGAUAGAUAACAACAGCUUUUCUGGUAUGAUUCCUCAGGGUUUUGGAAUGGUUAUGAGCUUGUAUAGAUUCUCUGCAUCUCUGAAUCGUUUGUAUGGUGAAAUUCCUCCUAAUUUUUGUGAUUCGCCGGUUAUGAGCAUCAUAAAUCUCUCUCACAAUUCACUUUCCGGGCGAAUUCCAGAGCUGAGAAAAUGCAAGAAACUAGUCUCAUUAUCUUUGGCAGACAACAGCCUUGUUGGUGAAAUACCAUCAUCACUUGCUGAAUUGCCAGUGCUAACUUACCUUGAUUUUUCUGAUAAUAAUCUGACUGGUCCUAUCCCACCAGAGCUUCAGAACUUGAAGCUUGCUCUCUUCAACGUGUCCUUCAAUCAUCUGUCAGGCAGAGUUCCAUCCUCUCUCAUCUCCGGCCUUCCGGCUUCAUUUCUGCAAGGAAAUCCAGAUCUUUGUGGAUUGGGACUGCCCAAUUCGUGCUCUGAUAGUAAACCAGAUCACAAAGUGGCUGGUCUAUCAAAAUUGGCAUGUGCCCUGAUCUCUAUAGCUCUAGUAGUUGCAAUAUUGAUUGUUGCUGUUGGGUUUUAUUUGAUCCGAUCUUCCAAGCGAAAAUCGGAGAUGGGUAUAUGGCGUUCAGUCUUUUUCUAUCCACUUAGAGUGACGGAGCAUGAUUUGGUGAUGGCAAUGGAUGAUAAAAGUGCUGCUGGAAGUAGUGGAGUUUUUGGUAGAGUUCACAUUGUAACCUUACCAAGUGGUGAACUUAUUGCUGUAAAGAAGAUACUUAAUUUUGGAAGCCAAUCUUCAAAAGCUCUCAAAGCUGAGAUCAAGACAUUAGCUAAGAUCAGGCAUAAGAACAUCAAUAAAAUUCUGGGAUUUUGCCAUUCGGAUGAUUCGAUCUUUCUGAUUUAUGAAUAUUUGCAGAGAGGGAGCCUCGGGGAUUUGAUUCGCAGACUGGAUUUUAGUUUGCCCUGGAGUGGUAGGCUGAGGAUUGCCAUUGGAGUUGCUCAAGGAUUGGCAUACCUUCACAAGGAUUAUGUUCCUCGUACACUUCAUAGAAAUGUUAAAUCCAAGAAUGUUCUUCUGGAUGCGGAUUUUGAGCCGAAACUCACAGAUUUUGCUCUUGAUCGGAUUGUGGGAGAAACUGCAUUUCAGUCAUCCUUGGCAUCAGAAUCUGCAGAUUCCUGUUACAUGGCACCGGAAAAUUGUUACAGUAAAAAAGCCACAGAACAAAUGGACACAUACAGCUUUGGUGUUGUCCUGUUAGAGCUCGUGACAGGCCGACCAGCAGACCAAACAGAAUCAGGAGACUCUCUUAAUGUGUUGAAAUGGGUUCGGAGAAAAAUCAACAUAUCUAACGGGGCAUUGCAAGUUCUUGACCCCAAGAUAUCAAACUCUUCUCAACAAGAAAUGUUGGGAGCUCUAGAGAUUGCUCUUCGUUGCACGUGUGUAAUGCCGGAGAAACGGCCAUCAAUGCCUGAAGUUGUGAGAGCACUUCAGUCCCUUGACUCAAUAACACACCUUUCAAAUGCAGACUACUUCUCUACUUCUGAUGAGCACUCAAUUCCAGUCUAAAUCUGCACAAAUGUUCACCUGCUUCAGUUUUUGUAAAUGCAACUUGAUUUUGGAAGUAUCCUUUCUGAACAUGGGUUAAGUUUGUGCACAAAUGUUCACCUGCGCAGUUUAUCUUUUUGUUUGAGGUGUUCUUUCACCGAAAAGAGAAGAUAAUGGAAAGAAAAAAUAUAUGUUUGGAAAUGUUUUUCUUGUUUCCUUAUUGUAAUUUGUUUUGGGGAAUUUUAUAAAGAAUAAUUCAUGGUUUUUACCAAA